AUGUCUGUCCCGGCCUUCUCAGAUAUCGCCAAGGCGGCGAACGACCUCCUCAACAAGGACUUCUACCACCUCUCCGCCGGCACCAUCGAGGUCAAGAGCAACACCCCCAACAAUGUUGCCUUCAAGGUCACCGGCAAGAGCAGCCACGACAAGGCUACCAGCGGCGCGAUCGAGGGAAAAUUCACCGACAAGCCCAAUGGUAAUUUCAGAGAUCCCCCAAAGAAGUUGAAGAAGAUGCGACCCCCGGCCCUGAUCGACUGCCAAGUGGCGCUGGGCCGAAUCCCCGGGCCGCGGAUCUAUAACGCACGAGUCCAGUGGAUGGUUGCGAUGAGCGCGCGCAGACCAGCACAGCUGCUAAUGCACUGGACACGCGCAGGCUUGACCCUCACCCAGACAUGGAACACCGCCAACACUCUCGAGACCAAGGUUGAGAUGGCCGACAACCUGGCCAAGGGCCUCAAGGCUGAGGGUAUCUUCAGCUUCCUCCCGGCCAGCCAGGCGCGCGGCGCCAAGUUCAACCUGCACUUCAAGCAGAGCAACUUCCACACCCGUCUCUUCUUCGACCUGCUCAAGGGCCCCACCGCCAACUUCGACGCCAUCGUCGGGCACGAGGGCUUCCUCGCUGGCGCCUCGGCUGGCUUUGACGUGCAGAAGGCCAAGGUCACCGGGUACAGCGCCGCCGUCGGCUACCAGGCUCCGACCUACACCGCUGCCAUCACCGCGACCGACAACCUGAGCGUCUUCGCUGCCAGCUACUACCACAAGGUCAACAGCCAGGUCGAGGCCGGCUCCAAGGCCACCUGGAACUCCAAGAGCGGUAACACUGUCGGCCUCGAGGUCGCUGCCAAGUACCGCCUCGACCCCGUCUCUUUCGUCAAGGCCAAGAUCAACGACCGCGGUGUCGCUGCCGUUGCCUACAACGUCCUCCUCCGCGAGGGUGUCACCCUCGGCGUUGGCGCUUCCUUUGAUACCCAGAAGCUUGACCAGGCCACCCACAAGGUUGGCACCAGCUUCACUUUCGAGUCGUAA